ACGCCCUGCUGCUCCAGACGACACGAAGUACUUAAGCCUGUCUCUCACAUGAUUCUAUAGUUUCCUCAGUUGCUCGAGAGCCCAAUACCAUCCCACAAUGCAGAGCUUCAGUCGGAUCCAGAAAGCGUUAAAGGGUGGAAAACCCAGUUUCGGGGGAUGGCAGAUGCUUCCGGGCACUAAUCACUCGCGGGCAAUGGCGCGCAGUGGGCUCGACUGGAUCACCAUUGACUGCGAGCAUGGCCGUAUCGCAGAUCACGAAAUGCACGAAGCGGCCGCGGCAAUCGCUGCAUGUGGCGUCAGUCCCAUUGUUCGCAUACCCGCCAACGAGCCAUGGAUGGUCAAACGUGCUCUCGAUGCCGGCGCACACGGCAUCGUUGUGCCGCUGAUAUACACGCCCGCCGACGCCGAGCGGCUCGUUCAGUCAGCCAAGUUCCCACCCGUGGGCACGCGUGGGUUUGGAUCACCCUUCCCGAUGCAGAACUUCGGCAACAUCUCCAUCACCGACUACCUCACGCAAGCCAACGACGCCCUCGUCACAAUCGUGCAGAUCGAGACCCGCGAGGCCCUCGAGAGCGUCGAGACCAUUGCCGCCAUCCCGGGCGUCGACGUCCUCCUGAUUGGGCCGUUUGACCUGGGGAACAACAUCGGGCGGCCGAUCCUGACGGCAGGCGAGAUGCAUGUGGAGCUCACGGAUGCCAUUCAACGCAUCCAUGUGGCGGCAGGCAAGGCGGGUAAACGGACGGGGAUCUACUGUACGAGUGGGCAGCAGGCGCGUGAGUUUGCGGACAGGGGCUUCCAUAUGAUUAGCGUGGCGGCGGAUAUGAUGGCGCUUCCGGCGUACUUUGAGCAGACGCUGAGGGUGGCGAGGGGUGGUGCGGAUGCGGACGAGGGUGAAAAGCCAAAGGGGCCGUAUGGGGGUUAGGGGGGGGAAGUCUGGGCUGCUGCAAGAUGGUCAAUGAUAC